AUGUCGUCCUUCGUCCUGCCACACUCGUCCCCCGAGUGCACCGUCAACCUCACCAAUGACAUCUCGCAAGACCAGCUGCUCGCCUUCACUGCCUUCAAGAACUGGAUAUCGACGGUGCAGCAUUCGCUUGUCCAACAGCAAAACAAAGACCACGUCUUCCACGAUGCCCCGUACAAGCUCCGCAAAAUCGACGUCCAGGCAUGCGACUGGUUCAGCAAGACCAAGCUCGGCUUCGUGAAGCUCAAGGCCGAAGUCACCAACGACCGGGGAGAAUACCUGCCGGGCUCCAUCUUCCUGCGCGGCGGCAGUGUGGGCAUGCUGCUCAUCCUCCAGCCCGACGACGUGCCCGAGCACACGGAGCAAGACAAGUACGUGAUCCUGACGGUGCAACCGCGCAUACCCGCCGGCUCGCUCUCGCUGGUCGAGCUCCCGGCCGGCAUGCUCGACGACAGCGGCACCUUCGCCGGCGGCGCGGCCAAGGAGAUCGAAGAGGAGACGGGCAUGAAGGUGCCCGAGAGCCAGCUCAUCGACCUGACGGCGCUCGCCGUGCCCAGGACCGAAGACACGACGGGCGAGGCGCUGAAGCAGGCCAUGUAUCCCAGCGCGGGCGGGUGCGACGAGUUCAUCCCGCUGUUCCUGCAUCAGCGGCGGGUGAAGAGGGAGACGCUGAAGGAGUGGCAGGGCAAGUUGACGGGCAUCAGGGAACAUGGCGAGAAGAUCACGCUGAAGCUGGUGAGGCUGGAGGAUCUCUGGAAGGAGGGCGGCCGGGAUGCUAAGGCUUUGGGUGCUUGGGCGUUUUAUGAGGGGCUGAGAAAAGAAGGAAAGAUUGAUGUUUGA